AUGGAUGCUGAUCUGCGCCCCUCGAAGCGACGAAGGGUAUCCAACCCCGGACCUGACCCCAAGCUUAAGACGGAUAAAAGCCCAACAACCCAAGGCCGAAAACUGCGCAAGAAUACAAAAGUCGCUGAUGAAUCGAAGGAGACAGCGGAUGCGGGUGCAGAGCAAUUGGAGAAGAAACAAGAUGCGGCGCCGACACAGUCAACUAGACGAAGUGCCAGGAUAGCAGUGACGGGGAAUUCGGUCGUGAGCACAAGUGCUGGUCCACCGAGACCACGGGUCACAGCGGAUGAGAAUACACAAUCACCGCAGCGAGAGAGUAAAAGGACUAGGAAGACAAAGGCAGCGGCAACAACCUCGCCAUCGGCAAAGAAAUUGCCGCGGAAAUCAGGAAAGUCUGCAGCUGCGCUGAAGUCCAAGAAGGAAGUCGAAGCUCAGUUAGCCGAGGAGAAACAAGACAGCAACGAUGCAGACGACGUCUGGGAAGUGCCGUGUGAUAAUGAAGUAGAGCAGCUGGCCCUAGCCCAGUCAAUGGCGAACGAUGCAGCUAUGCAACUUCAGCAAGAACUUGGUGAAGAGCUAGAGGAGUCCGAGGCCACCUCAUACGCCGAGAAGUUCAUGUCUCUGUGUAAGCACGAGAAUCUCGAACGGCUGCUCGAGCCCCUAGGAAAGAUUAUCCUGCAAAAGCUCAACGGCAAACGCCUGAUACCACUCACGGGACUUGAGAAUGAAUACCAGACUGUGUUUCAACUGCUCGAACAGACCGUCGUAGCAGGCGAGGGAAAUUCUCUGCUUCUUCUCGGAGCCAGAGGAAGUGGGAAAACCGCCGUUGUGGAUACAGCUCUAUCAUCCCUAUCAAAAACCAACCGGGACGACUUCCAUGUCGUCAGGCUAAACGGCUUCCUGCAUACGGAUGAUAAAAUUGCCCUCCGCGAAAUAUGGCAGCAGCUAGGCCGCGAGAUAGGUCCACAGGACGAUCUGGAGAAACCCUCCAGCUACGCGGAUACCAUGACCUCGCUGUUGGCACUCUUAUCCCAUCCGGAAGAAAUCACCGGCCCGUCACAGGACCCGAACGCGAUAACUACUACGAAAUCUGUCAUUAUUAUCUUGGAUGAAUUUGACUUGUUCUCGUAUCAUCCUCGGCAGACGCUGUUGUAUAAUCUGUUUGAUAUCGCGCAGGCGAAAAAGGCGCCUGUCGCUGUGCUAGGGUUGACUACCAAGGUUGAUGUUACCGAGAAUCUGGAGAAGCGAGUAAAGAGCAGGUUCAGUCAUCGAUAUGUGUUUUUGCCUCGUCCUAGGAGCUUUCCUGAAUUUGUGGAUAUAUGCAUGUCCUCUCUGAAGAUUGAGGCUGAAGAGCUGUUGGGUUCUACUACAGAUGCUUUUGAGAAGUUGCUAGAAGGCACAAAGGGAAACAUUCUACUACAGGGAUGGAACAGUUAUAUUCAGGAUCUUUUUGGUGAUGCAGAAUUUACAUCUCAUCUACAGCGAAUAUAUUAUAGAACGAAGUGCCCCAGGGAGUUUUUCUCUAGUGCCUUGGUCCCUAUUACAACGCUGGCUCUCAGCUCUGCUUCUGGGAAGCUGGAAACUCCCAAUGUCAAGUCGUUCAAAUCCAACAUGCUCACCUGUCCCGAUCCUGCACCUCUUCCAUUCACGCAACUGUCCGGCUCGACAAGCAACGUCUCACUGCCGUUGUCUUUGCUCCUCACAGCUACCCGAUUAACCGCUCUUCACGAACCAUCGGGCAAUUCAGGUGGCGCAGCAACAAUAGCGUCGCUUACAUUAUCCUUUCCAGCCGUUUAUACCGAGUACGUGCGCCUACUUACCUCCGCCAAGGCGUCUGCAUCCGCGUCCGGUGCUGCUGCAACUCCAGGGAGAGUGUGGGGGAAAGAGCCUGCAAAGGAAGCGUGGGAGAAGCUUGUCGAAUGGGGCCUCGUAAUGCCUGUAAGCGGUUAUGGCAUGGGAGAUGGGAAGAUGUUCCGGGUAGAGGUAUCCUUUGAAGAGGCGGUUGCUGCUCUAGGCACGAGCGGAGCGGGCGCCUUGGGUCGAUGGUGGAGAGAUGGAUAG